AUCCACAGAGCGGAGCUGCACUUUUCAGCUCAUUUUCCUCUGUCAUUCCUCCUCCUAUCUUUGAUCAUUGUCCCGCAGCUCGGCCCCCCUCCCCAAAAAAAUCCCCUCACUCAGCACGCCUUUUUUCGGCAGCUCUUUUUACUUCCAACUUAUCUGAGGAGCUAAACUCUCGUGGAUUCUUUCAUUUAGGGUGUCUCGGCAGGCUGGUUUUCUACUUUGACUUCGGCUACUCUCUUCCCUCCUGUAGGUGACCAUGGCCGUACCGGCUGCUCUGAUCCCACCAACUCCUCUGGUCCCACCGCCUCCAAUCUCGACUCCCUCCGCGACGACGUCCCCGCCAUCGACAACUUCAUCACCGUCUCCAUCCCUGGCCCCCCCAUCCGGACCCGGGCAGAACCUGUUCAGAUCAGAGCUCCUCGCCACUAGCAGCCCGGGCAUCCCGACCGGCUCUACCCCCCAGCAACCCGUGUACUCGACCCCGUCGCCUGUUGAAAACAUACCGCAAAACAAUGAGUGCAAGAUCGAGUUGCGCGGUGCCAAAGUGGCCUCUUUCACCGUGGACGGCUGCGAGCUCAUCUGCCUUCCUCAGGCGUUCGACCUGUUCCUGAAGCCUGUCGGCGGACUGCACACGGUCUACACCAAGCUGAAGCGGCUGGAGAUCACGCCGGUGGUGUGCAAUGUGGAGCAGGUCCGCAUCCUCAGAGGGUCUCCCGCCAUCCAACCCGGGGUGAACCGCUGUAAACUCAUCUAGAAAGACUUCGAGACUCUGUACAACGACUGCACCAAUGCGAGCUCCAGACCCGGCCGGCCUCCGAAGAGAACCCAGAGUGUGACAUCGUCAGAGAACCCCCACAUCAUGCCCCACUCGGUCCCCGGACUCAUGUCCCCCGGCAUGAUCCCACCCACAGGCCUGACAGCAGCAGCGGCAGCAGCUGCCAACGCAGCCAUCGCAGAGGCCAUGAAGGUCAAGAAGAUCAAGCUGGAGGCGAUGAGCAGCUACCACGGCAACGCCAACCACCAUGGGGCCGAUGGAGAGAAUGGAGACCUCAGCUCCAGCGUUGGCCUGGAACUCCCCUUCAUGAUGAUGCCACACCCCCUGAUCCCAGUCAGCCUGCCCCCAGCCUCUGUCACCAUGGCGAUGAGCCAGAUGAACCACCUCAGCACCAUUGCAAACAUGGCCGCCGCAGCACAGGGCCAGAGCCUGCCCUCCAGAAUGGUCACCUCUGUUAUAAAGGAACGUGUGCCGGACAGUCCCUCCCCUGCCCCUUCCUUAGAAGACAACAGGAGGCCGGGGAGUCACCCAUCGUCCCACCGCAGCAGCAGUGUGUCCAGCUCCCCAGCCCACACAGAAAGCUCCUCAGACAGGAUACCGGCACACCACAAUGGGCUGUCUAUGAACCAAGCCCUGCUAGGCCUGUCCCCCAACAUCAUCCCCGGGCCUAAAGAGGGAGACCUGGCCCACGACAUGAGCCAUGAAGCAAAGAGGAUGCACGCUGACAAAGAAGACAACCCCAUGUGCACCCCAACAGCAAGAGAUAGCUACGAGCGGUUGUCACUGGCUGGACAGGCUCUGCCUCCUGGUUUCCCCUCACCAUUUCUCUUCCCAGACGGUCUGUCGUCAAUAGAGACCCUCCUCACCAACAUACAGGGCCUGCUCAAAGUGGCAAUUGACAAUGCACGGGCUCAGGAGAAGCAGGUGCAGCUGGAGAAGACGGAGCUGAAGAUGGAGCUGUUCAGAGAGAGGGAGCUCAGGGAGACUCUGGAGAAGCAGCUCGCCAUGGAGCAGAAGAACAGAGCAAUCAUUCAGAAGCGUCUGAAGAAGGAGAAAAAGGCCAAGAGGAAACUCCAGGAAGCUCUGGAGUACGAAUCGAAAAGGAGAGAGCAGGCUGAGCAGACUCUGAAGCAGCCUUCGCCCUCUGACAGCAUGCGUUCACUCAACGACUCUCUGACCCCUGAGAUGGAGAGUGACCGCAGCAGUGGAAGAACAGAUGCUGAAAGGACAAUACAAGAUGGAAGACUGUUCCUGAAAACCACAGUGAUGUACUGAUAAGGCCACGAGGAGCUGGAGGAAAUCAAAAUUUCAGACAAAAAAAAGAAAAAAAAGAAAGAAAAGAAAACCCAUGAAGAUUCUCAAGAGCCCUUAUCCAGGCUGAUUUUAGUAAAGGAAAGAAGUCAAGCUGCUUGUAGGAGUUCAAUGGAAAAUGCUGUGUUCACCCAAAUGCUGGAGGAGGUUGAGUCUGAAUGUAGAAUAAGAAGUCUUUUUUUUCAUCACGGAGGCCAACAUGAAAUAGUUUGAUAAAGCAGGUUUUGACACACCAGGUUGGCCGACGUGAGGGAUAAACAUAUAUAUUGAGCACAGUAAAAAUGUACCCGUGGUACAUUGUUGGUAAUAACUCAUAAAUUCACAGCACUGAAGAUUUUUAUACUGUAUCUCAGCCAGCGAGAAAAGCUUCGAAAAAGAAAUUCGACUGAAGUUUUUGUUUUGUAUUUCAAAUUGAAUUUUGGAGAAGCUAAAAAUGACACGUGGAGAUGAACCUUGUGACAAAAAAAACAAAAGGAAAAAAAAUGUGAACCUGUCCACGUGUUCAUCAAAAGAGAUGUUUGAUUUUCAUGUUUUCUAAAUUAGAUGAUAAUACAAUCAAGUUUCCUUUUUACCAUUGUUGUAUAUACAAGAUCUGAUGAUAAUGAUGAUAGGAAAAAGUCCCUCUAUCGAACCCCAGUGGAUUGAUAAGGUAUGUGUAUAUAACGUUAAGAGGUAUUGUGUAUGCAGUAGAGCUAUUAGGCAAACAAUACCAACAUUUAUAUAAACCUACAGUUUGUUUUGUUCUAUCUCUGAGCCAUCAUUCUUUCCUAUAGCUGCCAUUUUGGUGAGAAAGCAUGCAGGCAUGUAAAUGUUUGUCCUGGAAUUAUGAUAUUUAAUAAAUCCUAUAUUGUGCUGAACAAAUACUAGGUUUGACUCACUCAAGCCCGGACGAUUUUGAAAACAUAAUUAACAAACAUUUCACUUUCAAAAUGAAGACUUUUGCUGUCGAUAGUACUGUAAUCUUUGUAACAGAGGUAAUAUUUCUUGGAAUUUACUGUACAUUUUUUUGUCAUGAGACACACUCAGAAAUCAGCACCUCUCAAUGCUUUUUUAAGAAAAAAAAACAAAAAAACAGACAAAAUGAUCCGGUCUAAUUAUUGUCAGCUUGAGAAACAAUCAGUCGACUUUUUCGAAACUAAAUGCCAUUUAAUUGCAUCGCUCGAAUCCCUGUUUAACCUACACGAGUAUACUUCUCUUUUUGUUGUCGUUUUUUAGUGUUUCAUGAUAUCCUGACGAGAGAAAACAAAAAACAAAAAAAAACAACCUCAUAAUUUUCCUGUUACUUUCCCUGAAGACGUUUUGGUGCUGAAACACCUGUGUAUAUUCUCUAGACAUAAGCUGAUGUCAGUCCUUUUACUGCGAAACAGUUUAGACCUUAUGUGUUACAAUCAGGAGGAAGAGGAGGAGGAGGAGGAGGAGGAGGAGGAGUGUCCCAUGUUCACAAUGUGUUUGUUCUUUUUGUUCUCAAUGGAGUGUCUAGGUCUGUUGUCACUGAUAACUUAUAUAGCUUCUCGAAUCAUCUCUUCAUUGUACUUCAAAUUCAAAUAAAGUUAACAUGUUGAUGAUAAACUAUGUGAGUUAACUAUGUUGCCCGAGGACUUCUUGCAGCUGUAACAUUCCAGAUGCACUAAACAUGUGGAUCGCCUGAGACGGCCGAACACAACAGUUUCAGGUGAUCCCACACAAACGUAGGCGAGUGUUUGGGGGACGGGCAGCCGCUUUCUUUGCAAAUUCUGAAUCAUUGUUGUGUUUUUGGGUGUUUUUGAGACAUUUACAAUCAGCCCUCAGUCUUUUAACCCUUUUCUAUGUAUUAUGUAUGGCCUAAAAUAAUAAUAACAACAAUAAAAAAAACAUUGCAGGUAUACUGUACUGUAGAAAAAUGAAUGAGCAUAUUGUUCUUCGCUUUGUAUAGCAGUAAAAAAAAAGGAACAAAAAAAACAUGUAUGCAUAAUCAAAUGAUGAGAAUACCUUGUGUACGUUUUCCUUUCUUUCCACUGAUGCGAGUGCGCGCGCGUGUGUGUGUGUGUUUGUGUGUGUGUGUGUGUGUGUGUAGCCUUUGACUUGCAUGUGUGAGUGUGGGUUUUUUUAAAUACAUAGGCUAAUCCUAGAUAAAAUAUGUAAAUGAGGGUGUGACCAAGCUCACUGUAAAUAAAUUAUUUCAUGUGUA